GGACCAUUUCCAUGGCCUCCUGAUCCUACUGGUAAGGUUCUAACUUCCCUGUUUUUGAUUGGCUUUUCUUAAGCGGUGCCCUAAGAACCAAUACAACAUUUUACACUAGUCCAUUACGGUCAAAGUCGUCGGUAUAGUUCAUGUGAGAGAGUGUCAGAGCGGGAGUGUUAUUAUUGGGCUGCCUGUAAGGGUAACGCCCAAUCAAGAAAUGAAUCACGUCUAUGUCGAAAAAGACAAAAUGGCGCACGGAGCUCCCAGAAGGCUCUACGUUUCCCAUCCGCGCUUCAAUGCAGCCAAUUUUUGCGGGGAGGAGACGGGUCUUUCAGGUCUUCUGGGGACAGAUUUAGAAGUCGGUUUGAAACGAACAGAAACUUAUUGGAUGGAGUUAUUGGCCCUAAGUCAACACGGAUAAAUACAGUAUUCGUUGAUGUAGUUAGCCUACUUGCCUCCCACGCAGACGUUCUUAGGGGUUUGUCACGCGUUCCUGCCCCACGAACAUCUGCUGAAUCGAGUGGUUAAAUUCCUUUCCCAUUGUUCGCAAAUAUGAGCUGGAGCUGGAGCUGGCGUGCAGAUUAUUGGAGAACCAGUCGGCGCUGUGAAAGUCCAAGUGUUGACAAGCCAAACGCAUACGUUUAAGCUCGGUAGGGUGUGAUACGUGAUCAAAGAGUUCAGCUCCGAACAAGAAUAUUUAGGAGAUAAGGGUUGACGUUUUUGUAUAUUUCUCUUUGUAAAGGCUGAACUAGAUGUCAUUUGCUCACAGAGGUGUUCUGUAGGUGAGGCAACGGUGGGGUUGUACGUUGUAACUGAACAAAAGGCAGAAUUUUUCUUCGCACUUUAUUGUUUUGUAGUAAAGCCGACUUCCGUUCAGCAAAUUAAACCUCGAAGGUAAUUUUUCCAAUGAGAUCGUGAGGGCAGUCUCUGGUACGAAGGCGUGGGAUUUAACUGAGUAGUUUGUCCUAAAAGUAUAAGGUCUUCACCUUUCGAGACCUUUCUGAUCUUUUCUGUAGCUUAGUCUCGCACGAAAAUUCUCAAGGUCCAAAGUGCGCUUCCCAGAUCUGGAAGUGUGCUCUGAUUGGACUACGUUUUUUACCGCUCGAUUCAGCAGACGUUUGUGGGACAGGAACGCGUGACGAACCCCUAAGAAAGUCUGCGUUGGAGGCUAUUAGCCUGCAGGAGAGCUGCAGAAACAAGCGACCCUCCCACGGUCCCCACGGGAAAAGCUUCAACUUGUAGCAGACCCACCCCCCCGCGUGAGAAAAGUCUCUCCUUACAACAAGAAAGGAAUAUGCUAAUUGUAGAAACAUAUUCACUUGCCAUGGAUUGUUAGGUGGCGAAGGGCUUUAAAUGAAAUAUCCGACAGAAAUAAAACUGAACCUUAAUUGGCUUUGCGAAUUCUAAUAAGCAGAACUAGUACUGCUAUUAUGUAACAGUUAUUAAAACAUCAAAGGUUGACCCUUUCACGAUUUAUAAGAGUAGAACGACAAUAAUUUAUGGAAUUUUCGGCAAGAUCAAACAAGUCACGUUAUACUAUCAUGCUAUAUUUUGGGGUGCGUUGUGGAAAUGUCCCAGUUAAGAAUAAUGCCAAUCGUUUCUUGUUUCAUAAGGCUAACUGUUUGGGGGAUCUAAUUUCUACCCUUUCCUCUCUACAGCCAGUUUGGUUUUAGCAGCCAGAGCUCCUAAUCUUGCGGUGCAUGAAUCUAGCCACGGUCUGGCAUCCUUCAGUGGAUACUUACCUCCUCAUGUUGAUCCCCAGCAUCACUCCUCCCCUGAUAUCAACACCCAUCAUUACAGCACCUCGUCCACCAUCUUUACACCUGGAGGAUCCCGGGGGAGGGAUCCGUACCUUCCCAGUGACUCCUGGCCUGUCUGCAGUUACACAAGACGAGACCGAGUUGGAAUUUUUGUCUGUUGAUGAGGUAAUGAAGGCGGAUCCACAAAGCCUUUCUUGGAUAUUUUUUAUUUAAAACUGUGUUUAGGAUUUGUGUUAUUAAGCAUUUAUUUGAAGCCUCCGUAGCAAGCGUUUCUACGCGAGUUCGUCGAGAAAGUUGGGACGCGAGCAACUUUUGCGCAGUAACUCGAUUGGAAACGCAUGCUUCGCAGACUAAUUCAUUUGUGAAUCAGUCAUUUUCUUGGUACAAACUUUCCUAGAAGGAAAGAUACCGAGCUUAGUAGGGCUGGUAGAUUGUUAGAUCUCAAUGUUGUUCCCUCACACUUUUUUUAUGACACAAUUGUCAUAAUUCAAAAACAAACGUUUUGGAACUUUUUAUUUCUCAAAUUAUAUACUUAGCUUAAUAUGAAUGAUCUUUAUAAAAAGUCAAAUGAUUUCACUAGUCAGUAGAACUGCGACUUUACCUCUGUGGUCUCAUUUUUAGAAUUAGCUGAACACUUUCCUUUUGCUUGGGCAUCUUACCAACUCAUCACCCCUAGUUCUCUUUUUUCACCUGUUCAGAUUUUGGCAGACGUGCGUGCAGUGGGACACUCACCCCAGUUCUCAGGACGUGCCAUUAGACGACCUAGAGACCUAGAGCUGUUGGACCAGUUCCAGUUCCUCUCAAUCCUGCUGGUAAGGUUUUUCGGCUUACCUUUUCUCAUCCGUAGUACAAGUAAAACAAAAUAAUUAUAUUGGCUUCUAACGCAGUGACUGAAUUAAUCAGCGAUGCGAGAAUACAAAAAAAAUCCACUGAGUGCUUCCAUUCUUCAUUUGAUGAUCUAAUUCUUACCACAGUUAACAAAAAAUUCAGGUCCUUCUUUUUCAUUAGUUAGAUUGGCGCUAUCCAACUGAGGCACCCACUAUCCAGUGGCUAAGUGUCAGGGAAACCGCAUUAUCCAUUGGCUGGUUAUUUGAACUGAUUUUUCCAGUGGAUAGCACUAUCCAACUGUUAAAAUACUGGGCACUGAAGGUCUGUUGAAGAUCGAAAAAGGACACCUCGUAAGACAACUGUCUCAUAGUCUGCCUUCUAUAAUUUCCUAAGUGGGCCUUUUUCAUGUGGAAUUCAGUGGGUGCUGCUUUGAUUUCCAGUUCAGGCUUCCCCGUCACCAUCUUUUCUGCAUAUUUUCUCUCAAUUCUACAAACUUUAACGUGGCAAAAACAAAUAAAUCAAAUCAAACUCAAUAACGUCAAGAGAUCAGGAGAACUGUACUUAAAGACCAUGCGCCGGUUUUGACAACAAAUUUUAACGAAACCGCCUUCUCAGUUUUUUUUUCUUCUUUUAAUUGCAAUGUGACCUUUUCCCACCUGAUAUCUAAACAUUUUUUGGUGUCAAUAGGGUAAGAAAACUACGUAUCUAUUCAAAGUUAGCCACUUAAAAAUAUUGGAGUUUACCGUCUCUUAAAUUGCGCUGUAAGUUAACCUGUUUUAAUAACAAUCGCUUUUUACCAUCACAUUACUUGUGGGAAUCUUAAUUCGCUCCUUUUUUCACUACAGCUGAUCCGAUAUUGACAGGAGCGUCUAUUACCACAGCACAUGGAUCGGUCCAUGGUCUGGCAGAUGUUGAACCCUUUACUGCAAACCCCGUUCAUAUUCAGUAUCCACAGCGUUACUCCUUCCCUGUUAUCCAAACCCAUCAUCACAGUACCCCGUCCACCAUCUUUACAUCUGGAAGAUCCUUGGGUAGCGAUGAGUAUCUCGUCGGUUAUCCCGGCUUGUCCACAUUUACUUAGUCGGAGCCCAAUUUGGGAAGUUUGCCCGUUGAUGAGGUAAAGAGGCCGGAUUCACAAAAUUGUUAUUAAACAUUGGUUAAGUUUCAUAUUUAAUAAAAGAGACUUCAUGGAUUAAAUGCGCUUUUAAUAACAAGCAUGUUUAUAAUAGAAGAGUUAUUCAGCGUCCAUGGGCAGCAAAAGUGUGAGAACUCGACGUGGUAUCCCAAUACACUCGUAGUAAUAAAGGUUUAAGGACUCAUUUUACUUGUCAUUAGUCAAGAACAGGUUAUGUGAGAUUAUCAACAGACAAACAGGAUUAUUAUAAUAAAUGACACCAGGAAGUGGGUCCAGAGAGGUGGGAUUGAUCGGUAUGUUUUACUUUAGUAAAAGAAUCCCAUACAGUCCAGUCCAGUCUCUCUUAACCCUUUAAACCCCAGUAUCCACAUACGAAUUCUCCAUACUGAUCUCCGUACAUUUCCUUAAAGAAUCAGUUGAGAGAAUUUAAUAAAAGAUCAAAGCAUUUUAACUAGGGUGAUCUUUUAAUAAUUCUCAUAACCUUUUCCUUUGAUUAUGUACUGAUAUUGUUAAGAGAAAAUUGAUGUUGAUCACUCUAGGGACAGCACAGGAAGACCAACACUUCUCUAUCGUUGAUCCCCCUUUUGCCGUUUUUUAGUCAUAACUAAACUCUUGCCAAGACAGACAGUUGGAGCCAGUCCCGAUGGUGGUUGUCUUAGGGAGGGUUGACUGUUGCGAUCGGUAAAGUAUAUCAAACAAGUCAGCUGGUCAUUCCCCAAAUCAUCCACACUGCUGAGUGUUCUCUACACUGCCGUGAAGUCAAAUGAUAAAUUGCUAAUAGAUCACAGGUUUAAUUUGCUUCUUUUACUGAUAUUCUGUUGUCCUCUUUUCACAAGUUAGUAAACACUUUCUUAUAUUGUCAGCUCUUCCUUACUGACUUGUUCUCCUCCUUCAUAUGCACAGAUUCUGGAAGAGUUGCAGUGGAACACUCGCCCCAGUACUCAGGACGUGCUGUUUAAGGAUCCUGGAGCCGUUGGAUCAGUUCCAGUCCCUCUCGAUCCUGCUGGUAAGGUUUUCAGUAACCUCUUUUUACCCGUAGUACAACUAAAACAACAUGAUUUGAUUGGUUUGUAAAACACUGUGAGAAUACAGGAAACUUCACAUAAUACCACUUUCAGUUGAUGGUCUAAUCGUGACUAAUAUAGAAAACAGAAACAAACAGGUGCCGCCUUUUCAAUAAAAAGGUAAGCGUUAUCCAUCAGAUAAAUCAGUACUCAGUGGGUAGGGAUCAGGAAGCGGUUAUUUCUCAUGGUUUUUUAUUUAUGCGCUGGUUAGUUCUAUUUUUCCUGUUGAACAACUGCGCCUGUAGACCCCUUGUAAGACACCUUUCUCUUUCAGUUUAUCUUUUAUAAUUUCCACAGUAAACAUUGCUUUAAUCUUUUAUAAAGUUUGUACAAUAACUUCCAAAAGUCAUCAAAGGCGAAGUUAACUUGAAUGCCACAAGUCUAAAAUCAGUAGCUUUCACUGUCACAUCAUGUUACUCGUGGGGGAUCUUAAUUAAUUUGUACCUUUAUUUCUCUUCAUUCGGUCCUGUGUUAGUGAGUGCUCCAGUUAGUACGGCACAUGAUUUCAACCACGGCCUGGCACCCUCCAGUGAAGACCCCCCUCUUCAAGGAAUGCCAGAACCUUCACUGUAUGGAUUGCAGACCCAGAGUACAAUUGCAGGUGACCCGCACUGUUUCAGUGGAUCAAGCAGUUCUACAGUUCCUCCCCUGUUAGGUACAUCGGGAUAUCUUUCCUCGCAUGGAAUGAUGGAACAGUCUAUGCAUGGAUUGCAAACGCUGAGUACAAUUCCAGGCGUCACGCAAUCCAGUGGUUCUGGCACAACCACAGUCACCCACCCGCCAGGAAUCCCGGGAUAUGUUUCCCCGCGUGGAAUGCAAAGUUCUUCACUUCCCAGCAUGCAGAGUAGAAGUCCAGUUAUAAGUGAACACACACAAAAUACGGACUCUCUUUGCAACGAAUCUGGCACAAGUUCAUAA